UGUAACAUAAAGUGCUGUGUAGAAAAAUUCUGAGGCAAGUCACAAGACUAACAAUACCUUGGUUCCACUGGCUGGGUGGGCAGUGAUGUCCUUGACCAAGGCAGUGUUCUGCACUGCAGUGCUACUUCUCCUCCACUGUGUGGCGCUCUCCACCUGCUCCUCAUCCUCCACCUGCCCCCUGGCUUGCCUCUGCGAGAGGGGUCCCCACAUAAACUGUUCCUCUCUCGACCUGCGAGAACUGCCUCAACAUAUCCCAGAGACUGUCACAACCCUCAACCUAUCCCACAAUGCCUUGCGCUCCCUGCCGCCCCUGUGGCCUGGCCGUAGAGGUCUGGGGGGGCUACGGUACCUGUGGCUGGACUAUAACAAGAUGGAGACACUGUCCCUGUGCGUGAGAAAAAAUUGGGUGGGGCUGAAGACCUCAGCCAGAGAGAGGUGUGUGUCCUGGGCCCCGGCUCUCGAGGAGCUUUACGCUGAGAGAAACCAAAUGCAUCAGAUCCCUAAGGGAUUAGGGGGAAGCGCCAACUUACGAGUGCUUCAGCUAUCCCAUAACAAGAUCCCUACACUUGGCAUGUCUGACUUUGAGGGAUGUGGACACCUGAGAGGAGUUCACCUGCAGGGCAAUCUCAUCAGGACUAUCCACCCCCUGGCAUUCAAAGACUUGCAGGAGCUCCAGGUUCUUGAUCUGCGGUUCAACUUACUCACCACCGUUCCAUCACCAGUGUACCUAUCCCUGCUGAACCUGAGAGCUCAGGUGGAUCUGACUAACAACAGGUGGAGGUGUGACUGCAACCUGCGAGGCAUACGAAACAGGAUGAUGCAAACGGAUCUGGACCAAGCCUUUCAAUCCUGGAAGCUGGUGUGCUCAUCACCACCACGCCAUGCUGGGAAAGAGCUUAUACAUCUGAGGGAUCAGGACCUGACGUGCCCAGUUCAUGGAUAUGGCCAUGUUGACCACUUUGAUAAAGUGGCGGAAGAGGGAACCCAAAUCCUGCUGCACUGUGGCACUAAUAAUCAGGAUUGUUCCCAAGCCCUCUGGUGGACUCCUCAGGGACAAGCCACUGGAACCCAACAGGGUCUGCUGAUCACUGACGUUACUGAGAGAGAUACUGGGCUGUACGUGUGUCUCUCUGGUCAACAAGAGGAACAUGUGUCCGUUUUUGACCUCCACGUUCUCCACGAGGAAGCCGGGACUAGACUAAAGCGAGCGUUGGAACACACUAACUUAUUUUCUCAAGAGGAGAGCCAGAGGAACCAGGUGAGAGCUGCAAAGACACUGGGACAGUUCAACCUGGCUAUCUGCCUGUCUGUCUUCAUCACCUUUAUCAUUGCCUUCAUUAUUGGUGUCCUUGUCAGACCAUGCCUGGACACUCUGUGGAGAAAAGUCCACACAAAAAAAAGCUCUUCUGUCACACCGCCUUCUCAGACUAUUGUCACCGCCGAGGACUCAGUUGUGUAUGAUAAUGAGGGGUUUGCUAUGGCAGAUGAGCCAGAAGAGGUGCGUGUCGGCCAAAGAGUCACUUUCUCAGAGGUCAAUCAACCGAUCUACGACAGACCUGUUGAUGGUGGCGACACUUCAUCUGAAAGCAGCACUGAAAGUGAACAUCUAUAUCAAAACAACAGCGAGAACUCUGUGGUGGUGGAGAACCUUGAAACGCAACAACAGAGCAGCAGUAGCAGCAGGACCACCCAAGAGCCUUUAUAUUCAGAGAUAAUUAAGCAACAAGGAAGUGAAACCUCAGGGAGAAAGAAAGUCGUGGAGUUUGAGCCCAUUCCUGAUCCAGAUCCGGAGGAGCUCACAAAGGACACCAGUAGCAUAUCAUCAGCAUCUACUAUCCCAGAUCAGGAUCAAACCUAUGAAAACGUACAGCUCACAACGAGAAAGACAGAGGGAGGUAAGCCUCAGGUGGAUAACACUCGUGAACAGACCAUAAAACAACAAAACAGCUUAAGCCCAGUAGUGAAGCCUGUUCCUUUUCCUGUGUUCAAUCCUGAGCCCUUUACCGACUGGGCCACCCAACUGAUGGAAGAGAACAAAGAACAAUCAAAUCCCUUGGAUCCAGACCUGUGGAAUGACAGCGGGAGAGCUUUUCCUUCACUGAUGGAUCUGAACGAUCAAGCACACAAGAAAAAUCACACAGCCAACCAGUUGAGGUGA